AUGAUUCAAGAUGGAAAGUCAAUCAACUUUGAUUCAAUCACACCAGAGUUGGAUGCUCUAGAUCAAACGGAAGUUGUUGCAACAGAAACAGAGAUGACUCAAAACAAGAUUAUCUAUUCUGCAGAACUAACCAAUCAUAUGAACAGAGCAGCAUACUUUGAAACAAACAAGGUACAGAUAAAGGUAAAGGUAAACCAAAGGAUGAAAAGAAAAUGGCAGCAUGUUAUGUAUGUGGCAACAAGGACCAUUUGUCCAACAAAUGUCCAGACAGACUGCUACCAAAGAUUCAAAAGCUCCAUUCCACCUCAGGGUAAAUUGCGUUCCCGGCUUGUUCAGAUCUCUGCCAAUUUGCUUGAGGCUGCUGAAGUUGAUCCGACGCCAGAGCCUGUUGAUUUUGUUAUCCAUGUUGAGAAUCCAAAUAGUAACCAGAGUGCUUCUAUUGCUAUUAGUCCCAGCAUGGAUAUUUGUGGUGCUACUGCUCUAUCUACUCCUACUGACACUCCCAACGACAACAAUUUGGAUCAGUUAAAACUUAGUAGUGAAAACAAUUUGGAUUAG